AUGUGGAGCGCACCGAGCGGGUGUGUGGUGGCUCGUGCCCUGGUCCUGGCUGUCCUGUGGCUGACUGUGGCCGGGAGUCCCCUGGCCCGGCGUCCUCUGGCUCUGUCCGACCAAGGGCCACAUUUACACUACGGCUGGGGUCAGCCCAUCCGCUUGCGCCACCUGUAUGCCGCCGGUCCCUACGGCCUCUCCAACAACUGCUUCCUGCGCAUCCACAGCGACGGCACCGUGGGUUGCGAGGAGAACCAGAGCGAGCACAGUUUGCUGGAGAUCCGGGCGGUGGCUCUCAAAACGGUGGCCAUCAAGGACAUCAACAGUGUCCGGUACCUCUGUAUGAGCGCGGACGGCAAGAUGCAGGGACUGGCUCACUACUCGGAGGAAGACUGCGCCUUCAAAGAGGAGAUCAACUAUGGCUACAACGUAUACAGCUCCCCAAAGCACCGCCUCCCCGUGGCCCUCAGUGGAGCCAAGGCUAAGCAGCAGGUCCUGAACAAAGGCACAGUCCAGCCUUCCUACUUCUUGCCCAUGUUACCCAAGACCUCUGAGGGGACACGCGACCAGCUGGAAUCAGAUGUGUUCCCUUUGCCCCUGGAAACCGACAGCAUGGACCCAUUUAGGAUGGUGAGUGAGGCUGAGCUGGUUAAGAGUCCCAGCUUCCAGAAGUGACAGGACCCUCACGGUAUUUCCAAGAAGUUGUAAAUAUUCUAAGUCUUACGCUGGCCUUGGGGUUCUAGAGGAUAGACUUGACCAUGAACUCAUUAGCCCUCCAGUUGCCCUUGGAGCCCCCCCACCCCCACCCCUCUGCUUUUAGCAGCUGCUGGAUAUGCAGCUUUGAUUUGGUUCUGCUUAAAGACCUCCACCGAUGGAGGGCUCAGGCCCUCUGAAACAGUUCCUCAGUCAAGCAGAUCUUAUUAGCAUUUUCAGCAGAGGCAGUUGGAGGGCAAACUCUUAUUGUAUAUUCCUGUACAGAUUAGUCUGCGAAACGUUGGUUGACUUGUCCCCACAAGGUUUCGGCUCCCGGGACCCUUGGCUUCCCUCCAAAUGCCUCCUGGCCAGAACUGAUAGGGUCAGAUGGGUUUUGGGACCAAAGAAGGCGCAGCCCCUAGAAGCCAUAAAACAGGGCUGUUCUGUGGGCAGGGUUGGGGGGCGGGGAGUAUGCCAGCCCACCACUCACUCAGCCAUUCAUCUCCUCUCCCUCUUCUAGGAUAGACAACCCAUGUCGAGGUCACCCUUAGCCAGGCUCAGGGUGGUCUCUGAGGGGCGGUGGGAAUCUAAGCUGACUCAAGUGUCCCAGCUCAGAGGGACAAGCAGCGAGGACAGCCUCUAACCUCAGCUCAUCCUCGGAGGUCAUGCCCAUGUCAUGGAAGGGGCCCUUUGAGGUAGAACCCACACGCUGCCACACCCUUCCCAGUUCUCCUAUGCCUGGUCUUGGGGCUCCAACACCAAAAUAGGAGGCUCAGGGGCCACCUGCUUCUCUUUCCUAGUCCUCCCAUCUAGCCCUUGUGCCUGUCACUGUACAGAUCAGGGUGCUCCCCCGCACCCAAAGUGCAUCAGCCUGCACAUCUCACUCACUGGGGAAGCUCAUACGCCUGUGUCAGCAGCAGGAAAGUCUGGAAUUCUUUUCCCGGCACUUAGUUUCCAACGUGAUAUUUAUGAGUAAUUUAUUUUGAUAUGUAUCUCUUAUUUUCUUACUUUAUUU